AAACUGAAACUGAAACUGAUUGUUGUUUACUGGCAUCACCUGAAGGUCGUGGGUAGGACCUUUGUCGCUAAUCUCAAUAGUAAUCACAUGCCUCAAAACGAGCAUAUUGAGCUUCAUCGCAAACGCCAUGGGUAUCGCUUUGACUAUUUUGAAAGAAAGCGGAAAAAGGAGGCUCGUGAACCUCAUGAAAGAAGUCGUAAGGCCAAAAAGCUUCGAGGACUAAAGGCAAAAAUUGCCAAUAAAGAAAGGUUUAAAGAAAAAGUUCAAAUGAAAAAGACUUUACGUAUGCACGAGUUAAAAGGAAAAAAUCAAAAAGUCGAUGAAGCUGGGCGAUCUGGAGAAGUACCUGCAUAUCUUUUAGAUCGUGGUGAACAGAUCUCUGCCAAAGUGUUAUCCAACACAGUUAAGCAGAAAAAAGCUGAGAAAGCGGGAAAAUGGGAGGUGCCAUUACCAAAAGUAAGAAGCGUAUCUGAAGCAGAGGCAUUUAAAGUUGUACGAACUGGAAAGUCUAAACGUAAAGCAUGGAAGCGUUUAGUCACUAAAAUGUGCUUUGUUGGCGAUACAUUCACAAGAAAACCUCCUAAAUUUGAACGUUUUAUUCGUCCGAUGGGUUUACGUGUAAAGAAAGCAAACGUUACUCAUCCAGAACUUAAAACUACUUUCCAGCUUCCUAUAAUUGGAGUGAAGAAAAAUCCAAGUUCACCAAUGUAUACUACUUUAGGUGUAAUAACUAAAGGUACAAUUAUUGAGGUGAACGUCAGCGAUCUUGGUUUGGUCACGCCGAGUGGUAAAGUUGUCUGGGGUAAAUACGCUCAAGUAACUAAUAAUCCUGAAAACGAAGGUUGUGUAAAUGCAGUUCUUAUUGUAUAGACAGAAACUAAUUUAUUCUAAAGUCUUUUGUUCAGUAUCUAAUAGUUCUACAGCUUGUAUAUCUGGUUUUCAGUUCGUUGCAACGAAAAAGAUUUUAGACUAA